AUGUCAACAACUGAAAUAAAAAAUGUACUAGCAACUGACGCUCGGAAAAAUAAUCCUGACUCCCCUGCUUAGCUUUAGAACUUCCAAAUGCUAAAGAAAGAAAAUACAGCUUAAUUUGGCAUUCAUGGAUCAGGUGGCCCUAUGAGCAGUACUGAUUUUUCAAACACAUAUAUGCAUUAAUAAAACAGUGCUGUGCUGACAUCUUCUUAGAACUACCCAAGAUAGCAAAUGUCAAAUAUGCUUUCACACUUUUCCUAGGCUAAUCAUCCACUUAGAUCUCAAAAGAAUAGUUCUAUCAAAUUCUUUGGGAUGAGAAGCCCCUAGUCUCAACAAAAUGAUUCUUAGGUAAUUAUGGAUCAGGAUUAUAUGUCUGCUGCCUACCUUGAUGAUCCUCCUGCUUAAAAUAAAAGAAUGAAUUGGACUUUUUUGAAUGAGAGAUAAGACCAUAAAUUUUUCUGUGAGAGCAACAGAAAAAUUAAGAAGGAGAGACUAUAACGCCUUUUGAAAAUUGAAACUGAGUGUCAUUAAGAAAAUGACUAGCUAAUGAGAAAUCUUGUAUCAAAAUAAAAAAGAUUUAAUUCUUAAGCCCUCUCUUAAAAAUAUUAUGAAAGGGUCAUGACCCCAUUAAAUGUUAUAGAUAAAGUUAUUCAAAACAGUAACAAUCCCAAUUAAAAUAUCUAAUUGAAGCCAUUUAGUAAAUUAAAUCAGACUACUGUUGACAUUCCUAAAAUCGAAAUUCCAUAGAACAACUUUUCAUUUGAGCAAACUAUCACUAAUAAGACUCAUAAUCCUAUGAUUGAUAUGAGCAAUUAAAAACGAAAUAUGAAACCAUUUAACACGCCUGCAUAUUUCAAUGACAGCAAGAAAUUUAGUGUUUCAUUUGCAAAUUAAACAUAAUAUAGAGUUUCUACAGCUAUAAAUACAAAUAUAGAUGAUAAUUACUCUCUCAACUAAAAGGAAAAUUCUCAUCUGAGAUCAGCUAUUCAAAAGCCUAGUUUUCUAUAGUAUCUUCAUGAUCCAUUGAACCAAGAAGUAUUCGAAAUGAGUAAAUUCACUUAACAGAAUAAAAGUUCUUAAUAAAGUAAAAAGAUCAGAAGUAGAUCAAUGAAAUUUAAUUAUGGUGCUAGAAACAGUAUUUAAACCCACCUUAGUCAGAGUUAUUCUCAGAAUAAUUAGACUCGGCCUGGCACAAAUACCUCCAGACCAAUAACUUAGAAUUCAAGACUAUAUGUAAGAGAAAAUCGAGCUCUAAAUAGGAUUUUAGAAUAAAACUAGAAAUUAGAUCAAAGAUUGUAAAUAAUGUCAAACUAAGAUUUGAAAGCAAAUCAGGAAUAUAAAAAAGAAGUUGCCUAAAUAAUCAAUAAAAUUGAGUAAGAAUUCAAUACAGAUGAGGAUUAACCUAUGAAAUAGAAAACUUCUUUUGUUUAGAAUGACAGAGAUACCAUGUUAUUAGCUGAUGAUGAUGAACUUGAGAUUGAUGAUAAUUCUGAGAGCAGCCCAGCAAAAAGUAGGUUGACAACUAAAUCUAAAUAAACUCUCGGGUAGACUUACGAGGAGGAAUACACUGUUGAUCCAAUGAAAGAAUACAAAUAGACAUCUUUGACAAACACAAUAGAGCCAUAGUAAAUUUCAAGAAAGAUGGGUAAAUAAUAAUUGAUAUCAUGCGAAAAUCCCUUUAAUAGAAUGAGGAUUAGAGAAUCUGAUAUACCAUUAGAUGUGCUGUACAAUAAAGAAGUUAAUGCAAUGAAAAAAAAUGAAAAAACUCACAAUCUCUAAGAAAGACCACUCUCAUUCAGCGUAUGGAAAAAUUUUGAUGGCUCAGAGGGACAUGAUAUGACAAGAAUCCAUGUAAAUCAGCAAGAAUUCAUUCUUGAGCAUGAAUUUAAAAGGAAAAACCUACCUAAAGAUAAAUAAAUAAUCUUAGCCCCUGAUGCUGAUGUAGGAAUACCAAGUUCAAAUCAUAUUUAAUGCCUUGAAAAUGAGAGUAAGAACUUGAAAUAGGUUUAUUCUCCGACUACAUUAAAUGGAAAAUUUAUUCAUAAACAAAGAGAAGAUCAUGAUAAUGCCAUGCUCGCAGUGUAUGCCCACACCUUAUACCUUAAAGAAAAUUUCCCAGAUUAGAUAAAAAAUCACUAAAAGAACCAAAGAUCCAAUGAUAUUGCUAAAUUUUAAAGGAGAGUGACUAUGAAAUUUCAUGGUAGUAGUGUUGAGAAUAGUCUCGAUAAAAAUACAAGCCCAACUUCUAAUAUCAAUGUUAAUAAAUAGAUAGCAGUUUAAUAAUUAAAUGGACCUAAUCUCCUGAUUUAAAGUAAACUGACUAUUGGUGGUAGGAAAAGUUCAAUUCCUGUUUAUAAAGAUACAAGAUAUGCUUAGCUUUUAGAUGAGUGUUUGCAAUAGGUCAAAUAAUUAGAGGAAGAAAAGAAAAAGAAUAAUAGAAAUAUAAGAAAAGAUCCGUAAAUUUCAAAAGAUAAGUAUAGACUAAAGAUAGUUAAGCCUGACAUGAAUUACUUACUGCAAAACUUAGAACUUUAAAAUAGCAAGAGCGAUUAAAUCAGCUACCUUAAAAUUUUUAAUGAUGAUGAAUUAACCAGAGUCAUGGCUAAGUAAUAUUAUGGAAGGUGGUAUCUAAGUCCUAAGCAAUGGGCUAAAAUUCAAAAGAAGGGUUACAAGUAGCAAGAGAUCACCGAGUUAAAAAUUGAGACAGAUAAUGAAUAAAAUUUAUUAAGUUCAGAUUUUAUAAUAUCAAAACCUGGACAUAGAACUGAAACUAAUAGAAAUAUAACUCAUCAUAGAACAUAACAAGGCAGUAAGAAUUAAUUGAACUAAAAGAGCUCUGGAUAAAUACCUAAAAGCUCUAAUGUCAGUCCCAAGAAACAAUUUGUAUCGAAAGUAAUUGAUAAUCCAAAUGAACCAUUAAUCAAACAUUAAGUAAAGAGGUCGAUUUAUCAAAAAGAAUUCGCACUUACAAAGCUUCUUGAUAAAAUCAAAGAUAAAGCAAAGGCAAAGAAAGAAGAAUAAGAAAGAUUGGCAAGACAGCGAAGAAGUAGAAGUCCAACUAAGUUAUCAGCUAUAGAUCUGGAAAGUGAUCAUGGACUAUUGAGAAGUCUAAGUAAAUCACCUACUAAAAAGCUUGAUCGAUUUGUAAUGGCAGAGACAUUUGUAGAAGAAAUCAAGCAUAUCGUAGAUUCUAUAGACAUAGGUUCUGAGUCUAGAAAAAACAAUGCGAGAAUAAUCUAAUGA